AUGACCAUUACACCCGACGUCAGAUUCGAGUACUUGGAGGAAAUCGCCUCCCUCAUCCUCAAGUGCAAGCCCGACAAGUGGAGCAAGCUGAUGGGAGCCGAGGAGAACUUGGCCUUGUUCACAGAGUUCUUUGAAAAGCCAGAAGUCACYGUGCUGGUGUUGACGCUCAAUGCCACCGGCAUGAUCGUCCCUUGCCUGGGCUUCCCAGAGUCCCUCAAGACCAAGGGGCUUUACUUUAUCAAGACGAAGUCAGAGAGCAUCAACAAGCUCAACUACAAGACGAACCUGCUCUAUGGGGACAUAAGCCCUCUGCCCGUGGACCAGCUGAUCGCCGUGGUGGAAGAGGUCCUCUACUCUCUGCUCAACCAGAGCGAGAACAUGGAAGGCUGGCCCCGGGUGGUCUCGGAAGACAUCGUGAAGCAAGUCCACAAGCUCAAGAACGAGAUGUUUGUGAUGGGCGGCAAGAUCAAAGGGAAGACCCUGCUGCCCAUCCCAGAGAACCUGGAGAACCUGGACGGCGCUCUGGAGUCCAUGGARAGGAUCCUCUCCUCCCCGGACAACUCCCUCCUGCAYGCCAUUGAAACCAUUAUCAUCGACUGGUCCCACCAGAUCCGGGACGUGCUGAGCAAGGACUCGGCCCAGGCCCUCCUGGACGGGCUGAACCCCCUGCCCCAGGUUGAGUUCCAGUUCUGGGACGCCCGGCUGAUGAACCUCAAGUGCAUCCACGAGCAGCUCAACAGGCCCAAAGUGAACAAAAUAGUGGAGAUCCUGGAGAAAGCCCAAAGCUGCUACUGGCCGGCCCUGCAAAACGUCUACAUGAACGUCACCGAAGGGCUGAAGGAAGCCAACGACAUCGUUCUCUACCUGAAGCCCCUGCGGAUCUCGCUGGAGGAGAUGGAACAGGCCGACUUCUCGGUGCUCCCGAACUUCAUUGCCAAGGUGCUGGACACCAUCGCCUUCAUCUGGGCCACCUCGGAGCACUACAACACGCCCUCCAGGGUCAUCGUCAUCCUGCGGGAGUUGUGCAACCAGAUCAUUGAGAUGACGCGGACCUUCCUGAGCCCCGAGGAGGUCCUAAAGGGCUUGCAGGGCGAGAUCGAGGAGGUSCUGAGUGGCAUCUCGCUGUCGGUGCACGUCCUGAAGCGGGUCUUCCAGGCCUACGACUUCUGCUKCUCCAACAUGAAGCUCUUCUUCAAGAACAAGGACCCCGUGCCCUGGGAGUUCCCAUCUUCCCUCGCCUUCUCCAGAAUGAACUCUUUCUUCCACCGCAUCCAGACCAUCGAGGAUCUCUACAAAACUGCCAUCGAGUUUCUGAAGCUGGAGAAGAUCGAGCUCGGGGGCGUGCGGGGCAACAUCCUGGGGGGCAUGGUGACUCAGAUUUACGACGAGGUCUUUGAGCUGGUGAAGGUUUUUGCCGAGUGCAAAUACGAUCCCUUGGACCCUGGAGACUCAAGUUUUGACAAUGAUUACGCCGACUUUGAGACGAAAAUCCAAGAUCUGGACAGGAGGCUGGCCACGAUCUUCUGCCAAGCGUUUGACGACUGCAGCUCCAUUGAGUCCUCUGCGAAGCUCCUGUACAUGUGCGGCAGUCUCCUGGAGCGGCCCCUGAUCCUGGCCGAGGUGGUGCCCAGGUACUCCACCAUGCUGGAGAUGUUUGAUACCGAGCUGGACAAUGCCAAGCUCUUGUACGAUGCCCAGAUGGCAGCGUCUGCAGAGGGCAACAUCCCGCCCAUCCACAAGAACAUGCCCUCCGUGGCCGGGCAGCUCAAGUGGAGCCUGGGGCUGCAGGAGAGGCUGGAGGUGUCCAUGAAGCACCUGAAGCACAUCGACCACCCGGUCAUGUCCAGCAUGGAGACCAAGAUGAUCUACCAGAAAUACGACGAGAUGUUGGAGCUGCUGCGCAGCUACCGCGAGAAGGUGUACAAGCAGUGGGUGGACAAGGUGGACGAGGACUGCCACUUCAACCUGGGCCAGCCGCUCAUCCAGCGACACACCACCACCGGCCUGCUCCAAGUCAACUUCAGCAAGGCGUUGGUGGCCGUCCUGAGAGAAGUCAAGUAUUUGAAUUUCCAGCAGCAAAAAGAGAUUCCAGGCAGCGCAGAGCACCUCUUCUCUGAAAACGAGACCUUCCGGAAGUUCGUGGGGAACCUGGAGCUCAUCGUGGGCUGGUACAAUGAGAUCAAGGCGACGGUGAUGGACGUGGAGUACCCGCUCAUCAAGUCAGAGCUGGAAGCCAUCGACGACAGGCUGUCCAGCGCUGAGACCACGCUGUUCUGGAACAGCCAAGACGUGUUCCAGUACAUCCAAGAGAUGCGGGAGGUUCUCCACGACCUGCAGAACAGGAUGCAGAGGGCGAAGCAGAACAUUGAAGGGAUUUCCCAGGCCAUGAAGGACUGGUCGGCCAACCCCCUGUUUGAGAGAAAGGACAACAAGAAAGAGGCUCUGCUGGACCUGGACGGGAGGACGGUCAACCUGAACAAGCGCUACACGGCCGUCAAGGAGGCCGGCGCCAAGAUCCAAGCCAUGGUCACGGAAAACACAGAGCUGUUCAGAGCAGACACAUCAAGCCAGCCCUGGAAGGACUACGUCUCCUACAUCGACACCAAGGUCCUGAAGGAAUUCGAGUUCUUCAUCCGCAAGUCUCUCAAUUACCUGAUGGACAACAUGGCCUUGGAUGAGAGUGUGGCGCCCCUGUUUGAGAUCCACAUGGAGCUGAACGAUGAAGGGCUGACCUUCAACCCGUCGCUGGAGGUGGGCUCUGAGCGUGGCUUCCUGGCCCUCAUCGAGGGCCUGGUCAAUGACAUCUACAACGUGGCCAGACUCAUCCCCCGGCUGGCCAAGGGCAAGGUGAACUACAAGACGGAACUGGAAGACCAGACGGACCUCAUCGAGAUGCGGGAGGAGCUGUCCGGGCUGGUCAUCAACGCCAUGAAGGAGGCGGAGGAGUACCAGGACUCCAUGGAGCGGUACUCCUACCUCUGGACGGACGACCUGCAGGAGUUCAUGCGGAACUUCCUCAUCUUCGGGCGCGUGCCCACGGCGGAGGAGCUGGACACUCGGACAGACAUCACCAUGCCCAAGACGACGCCGGCCCUCAAGCAGUUCCAGGAGCAGAUCGACUCGUACGAGAAGCUGUACGAGGAGGUGUCCAGGUGCGAGAGCGCCAAGGUGUUCCACGGCUGGCUGCAGUGCGACUGCCGCCCCUUCAAACAGGCCCUGCUCAACACCAUCAAGCGCUGGAGCCUCAUGUUCAAGCGGUACCUGAGCGACUAUGUCAUCAACAGCCUCACGGACCUGGAAGCCUUCAUGAAGUUGUCCCAGUCGGGCCUGAAGAAGCCGCUCAAGGAGGGAGACUACGAUGGGCUGGUGGAGGUGAUGGGGCACCUGAUGAAGGUCAAGGAGAGGCAGGCGGCCACCGACGGCAUGUUCGAGCCCCUGAAGCAGACCAUCGAGCUGCUCAGGACCUACGGGGAGGAGCUGCCCGAGGAGGCCCACCUGAAGCUGCAGGAGCUGCCCGAGCAGUGGGCCAACACCAAGAAGCUGGCCAUCCAGGUGAAGCAGAACGUGGCCCCCCUGCAGGCCAACGAGGUCAGCAUCCUGCGGCGCAAGUGCCAGCAAUUCGAGAUCAAGCAGCAGGAGUUCAGGGAGAAGUUCCGCAGAGAGGCCCCCUUCUCCUUCAGCAGCCCCGAGCCCUACAAGGCCCUCAACAAGCAACAAAAGAGCAUCGCGGCCAUGGAGGACAUCAUGGAGGCGCUGUGCAAAUCCGGGAGUCUGUUUGAGGUCACUGUCCCUGACUACAAGCCACUCAAAGCCUGCCACAAGGAGGUCCGCCUGCUGAAGGAGCUCUGGGACAUGAUCGUCAUGGUGAGCACCUGCCUGGACGACUGGAAGACCACCAAGUGGAAAGACAUCAACGUGGAGCAGAUGGACAUCGACUGCAAGAAGUUUGCCAAGGACAUCAGGUCUCUGGACAAGGAGAUGAAAACCUGGGAUGCCUUCGUGGGGCUGGACAACACCGUGAAAAACACCAUCACCUCCCUGCGCGCCGUGAGCGAGCUACAGAACCCCGCCAUCCGAGACCGCCACUGGCAGCAGCUCAUGCAGGCCACCCAGGUGAAGUUCGAGAUGUCGGAAGAGACGACCCUGGCCGACCUCCUGCAGCUGAACCUGCACAAUUAUGAGGACGAGGUCCGCAACAUCGUGGACAAGGCCGUGAAGGAGUCCGGCAUGGAGAAGGUGCUGAGAGCCCUGGACAGCACGUGGACCACCAUGGAAUUCGAGCACGAGCCGCACCCGCGCACGGGCACCAUGAUGCUCAAGGCGGACGAGGUGCUGGUGGAGACGCUGGAGGACAACCAGGUGCAGCUGCAGAACCUGAUGAUGUCCAAGUACCUGUCGCACUUCCUCAAGGAGGUGACCAGCUGGCAGCAGAAGCUGUCCACGGCAGACUCGGUCAUCUCCAUCUGGUUUGAGGUCCAAAGGACCUGGAGCCACCUGGAGAGCAUCUUCAUAGGCUCGGAAGACAUCCGGGCCCAGCUCCCAGAGGACUCCCAGCGCUUUGACAACAUCGACAAGGAAUUCAAGGCCUUGAUGGAGGACGCCGUGAAGACUCCCAACGUGGUGGAAGCCACCAACAAGCCAGGUCUCUACGAGAAACUCGAGGCACUGAAGAAGAGCUUGGCCAUGUGUGAGAAGGCGUUGGCAGAGUACCUGGAGACCAAAAGGCUGGCUUUCCCGCGGUUCUACUUUGUCUCCUCGGCCGACCUGCUGGACAUCCUCUCCAACGGCAACGACCCCGUGGAGGUGAGCCGCCACCUGUCCAAGCUCUUCGACAGCCUGUGUAAGCUCAAGUUCCGACUGGGUGCUGACGAGAAGCCCCUGAAGGUGGGCCUGGGGAUGUACAGCAAGGAGGACGAGUAUGUGGACUUUGACCAUGAGUGUGACCUCUCCGGGCAGGUGGAGGUCUGGCUCAAUCGAGUGCUGGACAGAAUGUGUGCCACCCUUCGACACGAAAUUCCAGAAGCCGUGGUGACCUACGAGGAGAAGCCGAGGGAGCAGUGGAUCUUCGAUUACCCGGCCCAGAUUGCGCUGACCUGCACCCAGAUCUGGUGGACCACCGAGGUGGGCCUGGCGUUCUCGCGGCUGGAGGAGGGCUAUGAAAACGCCAUCAAAGACUACAACAAGAAGCAGAUCAGCCAGCUGAACGCGCUCAUCACRCUGCUCAUCGGGAGCCUCAGCGCCGGCGACAGGAUGAAGAUCAUGACCAUCUGCACCAUCGACGUGCACGCCMGGGACGUGGUGGCCAAGAUGAUCGUCGCCAAGGUGGAGAGCUCCCAGGCCUUCACGUGGCAGUCGCAGCUCCGCCACCGCUGGGAUGAGGAGAAGAAACACUGCUUCGCCAACAUCUGCGACGCCCAGAUCCAGUAUUCCUACGAGUACCUGGGCAACACGCCGCGGCUGGUCAUCACCCCCCUCACAGACAGGUGCUACAUCACGCUGACCCAGUCUCUGCAUCUGAUCAUGGGCGGAGCCCCCGCGGGCCCUGCAGGCACCGGCAAGACAGAAACGACCAAGGACCUGGGCCGAGCGCUGGGCACCAUGGUGUACGUCUUCAACUGCUCCGAGCAGAUGGACUACAAGUCCUGUGGCAACAUCUACAAGGGCCUGGCCCAGACMGGAGCCUGGGGCUGCUUCGAUGAGUUCAACCGGAUCUCGGUGGAAGUCCUGUCCGUGAUCGCGGUGCAGGUAAAAUGUGUCCAGGAUGCAAUUCGGGCCAAGAAAAAGACGUUUAACUUCCUGGGAGAGAUGAUAAGAUUGAUCCCCUCGGUCGGCAUCUUCAUCACYAUGAACCCCGGGUACGCRGGACGCACAGAGCUGCCCGAGAACCUGAAGGCCCUGUUCAGGCCCUGCGCCAUGGUGGUCCCCGACUUUGAGCUCAUCUGUGAGAUCAUGCUGGUGGCCGAGGGCUUCCUGGAGGCCCGCCUGCUGGCCAGGAAGUUCAUCACACUCUACACCCUGUGCAAAGAGCUGCUCUCCAAGCAGGAUCACUACGACUGGGGCUUGCGGGCCAUCAAGUCCGUGCUGGUGGUGGCCGGCUCCCUGAAGAGGGGGGACCCUGCCCGAGCAGAAGACCAGGUGCUCAUGAGGGCGCUGCGGGACUUCAACAUCCCCAAGAUCGUGACCGACGACCUUCCCGUGUUCAUGGGGCUGAUCGGGGACCUCUUCCCGGCUCUGGACGUGCCUCGGAAGCGAGACCUGAACUUUGAGAAGAUCAUCAAGCAGAGUGUGGUGGAGCUCCGGCUGCAGGCCGAGGACAGCUUYGUGCUGAAGGUGGUGCAGCUGGAGGAGCUGCUGCAAGUCCGGCACUCGGUGUUCGUCAUYGGGAACGCGGGCAGCGGCAAGUCCCAGGUCCUCAAGUCCCUCAACAAAACCUACCAGAACAUGAAGAGGAAGCCGGUGGCUGUGGACCUGGACCCCAAGGCCGUCACCUGUGACGAGCUCUUUGGCAUCAUCAACCCAGCGACCAGGGAAUGGAAAGACGGCCUGUUCUCCACCGUCAUGCGGGACCUAGCCAACAUCACUCAUGACGGCCCCAAGUGGAUCGUCCUGGAUGGGGACAUCGACCCCAUGUGGAUCGAGUCUCUCAACACGGUCAUGGAUGACAACAAGGUCCUCACCCUGGCCAGCAACGAGCGAAUCCCCUUGAACCGCACCAUGAGGCUGGUGUUUGAGAUCAGCCACCUGAGGACCGCCACCCCGGCCACCGUCUCCAGAGCCGGCAUCCUCUACAUCAACCCCACGGACCUGGGCUGGAACCCGGUGGUGAGCAGCUGGAUCGAGAGGCGCCGGGUGCAGUCGGAGAAGGCCAACCUGACCAUCCUCUUCGACAAGUACCUGCCCACGUGCCUGGACAAGCUGCGCUUUGGCUUCAAGAGGAUCACGCCGGUGCCCGAGAUCACCAUCAUCCAGACGAUCCUCUACCUGCUGGAGUGCCUGCUCACCGAGAAGAACGCGCCGCCCGACUCCCCCAAGGAGCUCUACGAGCUGUACUUCGUCUUCGCCUGCUUCUGGGCCUUCGGGGGGGCCAUGUUCCAGGACCAGCUUAUAGAUUACCGACUCGAGUUCAGCAAGUGGUGGAUCAAUGAGUUUAAAACCAUCAAGUUACCCUCUCAGGGAACAAUUUUUGACUACUACAUUGAUCCUGAUACUAAAAAGUUCCUGCCGUGGACAGACAAAGUGCCUGCCUUUGAGCUGGAUCCCGACAUCCCGCUGCAGGCCUCUCUGGUCCACACCACGGAAACCAUCCGCAUCCGCUACUUCUUGGACCUGCUCAUGGAGAAGUCCUGGCCCGUGAUGCUGGUGGGGAACGCGGGCACAGGGAAGUCGGUGCUGAUGGGCGACAAGCUGGAGAGGCUGAGCACAGACGAGUACCUGGUGCAGUCGGUGCCCUUCAACUUCUACACCACCUCYGCCAUGCUGCAGGGUGUGCUCGAGAAGCCGCUGGAGAAGAAAUCGGGGAGGAACUAUGGGCCACCAGGCACCAAGAAGCUGAUCUACUUCAUYGACGACAUGAACAUGCCUGAGGUGGACAAGUAUGGGACAGUGGCCCCGCACACCCUCAUCCGGCAGCACAUGGACCACGGGCAUUGGUACGACAGGCAGAAGCUGACCCUGAAGGAUGUYCAUAACUGUCAGUACGUGGCUUGCAUGAACCCCACCGCUGGAUCCUUCACCAUUGACCCAAGACUGCAGCGCCACUUCUGCGUGUUCGCCGUGAGCUUCCCUGGCCARGACGCCCUCAUGACCAUCUACAGCACAAUCCUGAUGCAGCACCUGUCCUACCGCUCGGCCUCCAUGGUGGUCCAGAGGAUGAGCGGCCAGCUGGUGGCUGCAGCCCUGGCCUUGCAUCAGAAAGUGACCUCGACGUUUCUUCCCACGGCCAUCAAGUUCCAUUAUGUCUUCAACCUCAGGGACCUCUCCAACAUCUUCCAGGGACUCUUGUUCUCCACAGCAGAGAUCCUGAAGGUCCCCCUGGACCUUGUCCGCCUUUGGCUGCAUGAGGCUGAGCGAGUGUAUGGGGACAAAAUGGUGGACGAGAAAGACCAGGAAACGCUGCACAGGGUCACGGUGGCCUCCACCAAGAAGUUCUUUGAUGAACUCGGUGAGGAGCACAUGUUUGCCAAACCCAAUAUCUUCUGCCACUUUGUCCAAGGGAUUGGUGACCCCAAGUACUUCAACGUGACCGACGUGGCUCAGCUGAACAAGCUGCUGGUGGACGUCCUGGACAGCUACAACGAAGUCAACGCCGUCAUGAACUUGGUGCUGUUUGAAGACGCCGUGGCGCACGUCUGCAAGAUCAACCGCAUCCUGGAGUCGCCCCGCGGCAACGCGCUGCUGGUGGGGGUGGGCGGCAGCGGGAAGCAGAGCCUCUCRCGCUUGGCAGCCUACAUCAGCGCCCUGGACGUGUUCCAGAUCACCCUCAAGAAGGGCUAUGGCAUCCCGGACCUCAAGAUGGACCUGGCCGCCCAGUGCAUAAAGGCUGCUGUGAAGAACGUGCCCUCCGUGUUCCUGAUGACGGACUCCCAGGUGGCCGAGGAGCAGUUCCUGGUGCUGAUCAACGACCUGCUGGCCUCCGGGGAGGUCCCCGGGCUGUUUGCGGACGAUGAAGUGGAGAACAUCAUCUCCUCCAUGCGACCGCAAGUGAAGUCCCUGGGCGCGAUGGACACRCGGGAGGCGUGCUGGAAGUUCUUCAUUGAGAAAGUGCGCAAGCAGCUCAAGGUGAUCCUGUGCUUCUCCCCCGUGGGCUCCAUCCUGCGUAUUCGAGCAAGAAAAUUCCCUGCCGUGGUCAACUGCACGGCCAUCAACUGGUUCCACGAGUGGCCGGAGGAUGCCCUGGUGUCCGUCAGCGCUCGCUUCCUGGAGGAAACGGAGGGCAUUUCGCGGGAGGUGAAGACCUCCAUCAGCCUCUUCAUGUCCUACGUGCACACCACGGUCAACGAGAUGUCCAAGGUGUACCUGGCGACCGAGAGGCGCUACAACUACACCACGCCCAAAACCUUCCUGGAGCAGAUCAAACUCUACCAGAACCUGCUGGCCAGGAAGAGGCUGGAGCUGGUGGCCAAGAUCGAGCGGCUGGAGAACGGCCUCAUGAAGCUGCAGAGCACAGCCUCCCAGGUGGAUGACUUGAAGGCCACGCUGGCGAUUCAGGAGGCUGAGCUCAAGCUGAAGAACGAGAACGCAGACAAGCUGAUCCAGGUGGUCGGCGUGGAGACGGAGAAGGUCAGCAAAGAGAAAGCCAUCGCCGACGAGGAGGAGGUCAAGGUGGAGAUCAUCAACAAGAAUGUCACCGAGAAACAGAAGGCUUGUGAGACGGACCUGGCGAAGGCAGAGCCAGCCCUGCUGGCCGCACAGGAGGCCCUGGACACUCUGAACAAGAACAACCUGACAGAGCUGAAGUCCUUUGGGUCCCCCCCGGACGCUGUGGUCAACGUCACGGCUGCCGUCAUGAUUCUGACCGCCCCCGGAGGCAAGAUCCCCAAGGACAAGAGCUGGAAGGCAGCGAAGAUCAUGAUGGGCAAAGUGGACACGUUCCUGGACUCCCUCAAGAAGUUCGACAAGGAGCACAUCCCCGAGGCCUGCCUGAAGGCGUUCAAGCCCUACCAAGGCAACCCCACCUUCGACCCCGAGUUCAUCCGCUCCAAGUCCACGGCGGCCGCGGGCCUGUGCUCCUGGUGCAUCAACAUCGUGCGCUUCUACGAGGUCUACUGCGACGUGGCGCCCAAGAGGCAGGCCCUGGAGGAGGCCAACGCGGAGCUGGCCGAGGCRCAGGAUAAGCUGAGCCGGAUCAAAAACAAGAUCGCGGAACUCAAUGCCAACUUGAGCAACCUGACGUCAGCCUUCGAGAAAGCAACUGCGGAGAAAAUCCAGUGUCAGCAGGAGGCUGACGCCACCAACAGAGUGAUCUCACUGGCUAACAGGCUGGUCGGUGGAUUAGCGUCUGAAAAUGUCCGCUGGGCUGAGUCAGUGGAGAACUUCAAGAGCCAAGGGAUCACCCUGUGUGGGGACGUCCUGCUGAUCUCUGCCUUCGUCUCCUACGUGGGCUACUUCACCAAGAAAUACCGAAAUGAGCUGAUGGAGAAGUUUUGGAUCCCUUUUAUAAACAGUUUGAAGGUCCCCAUCCCGAUCACGGAAAGCCUGGACCCCCUGAGUCUGCUGACAGAUGACGCAGAUGUGGCCACCUGGAACAACCAGGGCCUUCCCAGCGACCGCAUGUCCACCGAGAAUGCCACCAUCCUGUGCAACACGGAGCGCUGGCCCCUGAUUGUGGACGCCCAGCUUCAAGGGAUCAAGUGGAUCAAGACCAAAUACGGGAGCAUGCUGAAAGCCAUCCGCCUGGGGCAGAAGAGCUACCUGGACAUCAUUGAGCAGGCCAUUUCAGAAGGGGACACCUUGCUCAUCGAGAACAUUGGUGAGACCGUGGACCCUGUGCUGGACCCUUUGUUGGGCAGGAACACGAUUAAAAAGGGAAAGUUCAUCAAGAUCGGUGACAAGGAAGUGGAGUAUCACCCCAACUUCCGCCUGAUCCUACACACCAAGUACUUCAACCCUCACUACAAGCCAGAGAUGCAGGCCCAGUGCACCCUCAUCAACUUCCUCGUCACCAGGGAUGGACUCGAGGACCAACUCUUGGCCGCCGUGGUGGCCAAAGAGCGCCCAGAUCUUGAGCAGCUCAAGGCCAACCUCACCAAAUCCCAGAAUGAGUUCAAGAUCGUCCUGAAGGAGCUGGAGGACUCCCUGCUGGCCCGGCUCUCCGCUGCGUCCGGGAACUUUCUGGGAGACACGGCCUUGGUGGAGAACCUGGAGACAACCAAACACACAGCAAGCGAGAUCGAGGAGAAGGUUCAAGAGGCAAAAAUCACAGAAAGCAAAAUCAACGAGGCGAGAGAGAACUACCGCCCGGCGGCCGAGCGAGCCUCCCUGCUCUACUUCAUCCUGAAUGACCUCAACAAGAUCGACCCCAUCUACCAGUUCUCGCUCAAGGCCUUCAAUGUGGUGUUCGAGAAGGCAAUCCAGAAGACGCCCCCGGCCGACGAGGUGAAGCAGCGYGUGAUCAACCUGACGGACGAGAUCACCUACUCCGUCUACAUGUACACGGCCCGCGGGCUCUUUGAGCGAGACAAGCUCAUUUUUCUGGCACAAGUGACAUUUCAGGUCUUAUCCAUGAAGAGAGAGCUGAACCCAGUGGAGCUGGACUUCCUGCUGCGGUUCCCCUUCAAGGCAGGGGCCCUCUCGCCGGUGGACUUCCUGCAGCACCAGGGCUGGGGCGGGAUCAAGGCCCUCUCAGAGAUGGACGAGUUCAAAAACCUGGACAAUGACAUCGAAGGGUCCGCCAAGCGGUGGAAGAAGCUGGUGGAGUCGGAGACCCCGGAGAAGGAGGUCUUCCCCAAGGAGUGGAAGAACAAGACGGCGCUGCAGAAGCUGUGCAUGGUGAGGUGCAUGCGGCCCGACCGCAUGACCUACGCCGUCAAGAACUUCGUGGAGGAGAAGAUGGGCAGCAAGUUUGUGGAAGGCCGGAGCGUGGAGUUCUCCAAGUCCUACGAGGAGAGCAGCCCCUCCACUCCCAUCUUCUUCAUCCUCUCCCCAGGCGUGGACCCCCUGAAAGACGUGGAGUCCCUGGGAAAAAAAUUGGGAUUUACCAUAGACAAUGGGAAACUCCAUAAUGUGUCCCUGGGGCAGGGACAAGAGGUGGUGGCUGAGAAUGCUCUGGACGUAGCUGCAGAGAACGGGCACUGGGUCAUCCUGCAGAACAUCCACCUGGUGGCUCGGUGGCUGAGCACCCUGGAUAAGAAGGUGGAGCGCUACAGCACGGGCAGCCACGAGGACUACCGGGUGUUCAUCAGCGCGGAGCCUGCGCCCAGCCCAGAAGCCCACAUCAUCCCCCAGGGCAUCCUGGAAAACGCCAUCAAGAUCACCAACGAGCCGCCCACGGGCAUGUACGCCAACCUGCACAAGGCCCUGGACCUCUUCAACCAGGACACCAUGGAGAUGUGCACCAAAGAGAUCGAAUUCAAGUGCAUCCUCUUUGCCCUGUGCUACUUCCAUGCUGUGGUGGCUGAGAGGCGCAAGUUUGGUGCCCAGGGCUGGAACCGGUCAUACCCCUUCAACAACGGGGACCUCACCAUCUCCAUCAAUGUGCUCUACAAUUACCUGGAGGCCAACGCCAAGGUGCCCUGGGACGACCUCCGCUACCUCUUCGGGGAGAUCAUGUACGGCGGCCACAUCACGGAYGACUGGGAUCGGCGGCUCUGCAGGACCUACCUGGCUGAGUACGUCCGCGGCGAGAUGCUGGAGGGAGAGGUGAUGCUGGCCCCCGGCUUUCAGAUCCCCCCCAACCUGGACUACAAGGGCUACCAUGAAUACAUCGAUGAGAACCUUCCCCCCGAGAGCCCCUACCUGUACGGSCUGCACCCCAAUGCAGAGAUUGGCUUUCUGACGGUCACCUCAGAGAAGCUGUUCCGCACUGUCCUGGAAAUGCAGCCCAAAGAGACAGACUCGGGAGCAGGCACAGGAGUAUCCCGCGAGGAAAAGGUGAAGGCCGUGCUAGAUGACAUCCUCGAGAAGAUUCCAGAGACGUUCAACAUGGCCGAGAUCAUGGCAAAGGCGGCUGAGAAGACCCCCUACGUGGUGGUGGCCUUUCAAGAAUGUGAAAGGAUGAACAUCCUGACCAACGAAAUGCGCCGCUCACUGAAGGAGCUGAACCUGGGGCUGAAGGGGGAACUGACCAUCACCACCGACAUGGAAGACCUGUCCACGGCUCUCUUUUACGACACUGUGCCCGACACGUGGGUGGCCCGGGCCUACCCCUCCAUGAUGGGCCUGGCAGCCUGGUACACGGACUUGCUGCUCCGCAUCAGGGAACUCGAGGCCUGGACGACGGACUUCGUCCUGCCCACCACCGUGUGGCUGGCUGGAUUCUUCAACCCCCAGUCAUUCCUCACGGCCAUCAUGCAGUCCAUGGCCAGGAAGAAUGARUGGCCCCUUGACAAAAUGUGUUUAUCUGUGGAAGUGACCAAGAAAAACCGGGAGGACAUGACUGCUCCCCCCAGAGAGGGCUCCUAUGUGUAUGGACUCUUCAUGGAAGGAGCUCGCUGGGACACCCAGACUGGAGUCAUCGCUGAAGCGCGUCUGAAGGAGCUGACGCCAGCCAUGCCCGUCAUCUUCAUCAAAGCCAUUCCUGUGGACCGCAUGGAGACCAAGAACAUAUAUGAGUGUCCCGUGUACAAGACACGCAUCCGCGGCCCCACCUACGUCUGGACCUUUAACCUCAAGACUAAGGAGAAGGCAGCCAAGUGGAUCCUGGCGGCGGUGGCGCUGCUCCUGCAGGUGUAACUGGCCACUGGUCCUGCGCCACGGCCCCACCCUGAACCAAGUCAACCAGGCAGCAAUCAGAAACACCGCCUUGCAACUGUCACCUGCUCUUUACGGGAAGCAUUGGUUAUUUUCCUCUUACAUAAUCGAGGUGCUUUGUGACUGAGUGCACCUGGACUAGCCCGAGGGGAGGCUGGAGGCUGGAGUGUGAGAGGCGUACAGAUUAAAAGGUCUGCAGUCAUUGGCUGUCUCAUCCCGCCUCGGGCCUGCCAGAGCAGGGUGCAGCUGCGGCAAGGCCCGGCUCACCACAGCCAAGGGCAAGCACCCUACAGACCAACCCCCAAAUACUGACUCCUGGGGAGCGGGGGUUGGAGAGUUGCAAGCAGCCUGGGGCACAGCAGGUGCAGCCUGUGAUGUGAUGAUGUCCACGCACAGCCCCCCAAUAGGUGCGUCAUCAUAAACAGGAGUCCUCUCCUCUCCCAAGGACAAGAGGGGCUCCCCACCCUCCACCCAUGUCCACGCACAGCCCCCCAAUAGGUGCGCCAUCAUAAACAGGAGUCCUCUCCUCUCCCCACCCUCCACCCCAGGACCUAGAAGGGCACGUGGCUGGGGUGCUCCCCUCAGCUUUCUAAAAACCACGGGACACGGUGGGGAGGGACCUCAGGGACCUUAACUGUGAGGUUGUGUCCCUGUAUGUCCUGAGGGGGGAGGGUCAAAGGUGGGGGGAAAGACACUGUCUUUCUGCCGUUCUGCAGGGCAAGUAGGAGGAUGUGCAAAGUCCUCAGGUCCCCUUGUGAGGGGUGCAAAUCCAGGCUGGGGGUGGCUAUUUUGGCCUCUACCCAAUUCCAAGGCCUAGUGAGGACACCCUAAAAACUCCCCUGAGCCAGGAGAGCUAGUCCACAACACACCACCUGGGUGUGCUCCAGCCGCCAGCACCCGUCUGCCCCRAGGGAGUGGGCACAGAGGCGGGUGGCACACAGCCCCAGGAAGCCCGCCCAGGCCAUAGGCAGCUGCAGGCUGCGUCCACUGAGUCCUCCAGCUGGCAGGAAGUCUGCAGGAGUAAGGUCCCCACGGGGCCCUGGGGCCACAUCAAGACAUCCCAGCAACACAGCCAGGCUGACUGGGCAGUGGGGUGCAGAUCAGAGAGAAGAUGACUACUUAGAAACCUGGAAGCCAGGGCAAGCAGGUGUAGAGCCUACAAGGGUAAGAUGGAACCCAGGGGGAGCGUGUCUGUCAGGCAAGCACUCUAGAUAGAAAUGGCGCUCCAUCUUUUUCACAUGCAUAUUCACCCAAACCAUGGGUGAAGAAGUGGUGCAGGAAGUCUGGCUCAAAUCCAGAAGGGAACGCCACCCCUCGGGGCCCAAGGAAGGAAGCAGAGUUGAUGCCAAUGACCCUGGCUGUCGGACACCCACCCCUGCUGGCCAGGAGGGGUGACUGCAGCCGUUCAUAACCAGGCYGCAGGGACAGAAAGAAGACCGCCAAUGGCCUGCCACAGCAGCUCAUCUCCAUUCCCCGGUAAUAACCGCAAAAUGUGAAGUUUUUCCAAUUUUGCCUUUAGAGCCUAAAAUAAAACAGUAAUUUAUUCCACAUGUGCGUAUUGCGGGUAGUUGAGAAAAUCCUCUCCAAACUUUCCAAGAGAUGAUUCACCUUUGGGUUGUCCACCGUGAGGGGAAAGCAUGGUUUGGAAGAGAAACCAGGGGCCUCCAGUCUCUGCCUCUCUGGAGAGCCUUCCCAGUACUCCCAUUAGCAGAGACAGAGGGAGCAGGGGCACAGAGGAACUGCUCAGGCCAGGCUGCCCACGGGGGUGGAGAAACCCUAGGAGAAAACCUAGGCUGAUGGAGAAGGCCUCUCCACACAGAAACCCAGUGCCCCUGCCAUUCCUGCGUCUCCUAGUCUGAGGGCCGCAACACAACCCAGGGCACUGUGGCCAAGGCCCAACUGCUUAAACUGCAGCCAUCCUUGUAGAAGAGUGGUGCUCGGGCCCUGGAGCACCCACCACACAGCCAGAACCCGGGAAAAGUGGUCCUGGUGGCUGCCACCUCUCAGGAGGCCAGCCAGAAGCACGAGGCACAGGGAAGUUCUCCAGUCUGGCUCCCCUAAAGUCGGGCUGCCACUCCUGGCACCUAAAGAGGGCUCAUGCUUUGUGCAAGAUCCUGACAUGCUGAGACUGCGCAGUAAGUUCUAAAACUGGCUCAAGACAAUGGAUGGGGCGGACGGACUUCUAUAAAUACACAGGACAGGUAGAUUCAAAAUGCCCUGCUUGAGAUGACACAAGAUGAGA